GGAAUCGCAGUUUAGAGUGAAGUACAAAUCUUCAAAAAUUACCAAACAAUUCUAUUCCUAUUCAUUUUAGCUCUUAACAGUUAACACUGACUUUGAUGGUGUUAUUUAAUGUUGGUUAUUCCAUUAUUCAUGCCUGGGCUGGAGCCUGGAGACACUGUCUUGGGACUUGGACUUUAAAAGUUUGGAGUAGGCUAGCUAGAUUUUAACUCGUGCCAUGGUCUCUUGGACUUGAACCCACCAGUUGGGAUAUUAUUGGAGCGCCUGUGCAGCCGGACCAUCGAACCAAAUCUUUAAAAUGAAUGAUUCAGAUGAUGAAAUACCCAACAAUAGAUCUUCUACUGCAAGGUCAAGAGGAAAAUAUCAGGGCAGAGGCCCCAGAGCUCCACUGCUGGGGGCAAGACCUAAAACUCGUGGAAGUUUCAAUAAUGUUCCAAAUAGGGGACCUGAUUUUGGUCGAGGGAGGAGUCGUGGAAACCGUGGACAUGGCCGACCAAACUACAGAGGUUCUGGCAAUGCUGUAUGCAACUACAGUGAUGAUGGCUAUGGUGUGCCCAACAGCCAACAGAAUAUUGGGUAUGGUGUGCCCAACAGCCAGCAGAAUUAUGGGUAUGGUGUGUCCAGCAGCCAUGAGAAUGGCAGGUAUGAAAUGCACUCUGGCCAUCUUGGCAGCCUUGAUGCCCUGAACUACAGCGCCAGUGAAAGAGGUUCUUCUAGAGAAGGCGGAUUGCCCAGUCUUAUAGACUUGCGUUCUGAUGCUGGUCAGAGACGUCCACGUGGAAGAAGCCAUGCUCGGGGAAGAGGCAACUGGAAACAACAUGAAUUUGGUGGGAGAGGACGCCCUCAAACACAUCAGGAAAACAACAACGGCGAAAGAGACGAAGAAAGGGAACACACGGGAGGUCACAAUGCGAAGAGACUUUAUCCUGUUGGAAUCAAUGUUCUCAAAGAGUGGACUACUCAGCCACCAGAUCUGGUCAUCCACUCUCUGUUGAGUGACAGGUCUGGAGUGCCUCAACUGUUGGCUGAGACGAAAAUCCCUGAUGAUAAAUUAGUUCUUUUCAUCAAGGUGCUCGCCAGUGCAUCGACUUGCACGGGUUGUCGACAGAGUCUGAUUGAAAUUUUCACUAUGAUAUUCACUGAGGAUUUUGUGAAUAAGCUCGUUACGUUUCACAUUUCGUUGAUGACAAGCCAGAGGACGGACGUGAAAAGCUUCCUUGAAGAUCAACUACAAUUACUGAAAGUAUUGAAAAAAACUCUCAUUAACCAAGCCAAGGAGAUGCUGCCUACUUUACUGCAAACUGUCAAGAUCGUCAUUCCUAAGCUGAAAAAUCAAUCCGAGUUAAACGAGCUGAUGACUGAGUAUGAGCAGCUCCUGGCAUUGCUCCUCGAGAGUCAGAAGCCGGGGCCUGACAUCGGCGAGCGGAAGCGACGUCCUUUUGCUGAUCGCCUCGCAGACCUCGAUGAUCUGGAACCAGAGGACGACUACAGGGACAUACCCAUUGAGCCUACCGACGAUGAGCUGCUGCAGCUUGAAGCUCCUCUCAUAAGGAGGAACAUCACUGAGGGGGCCUACAGAGAUGUACACAAUUACCUCGAUGUACAGUUUAGGCUUCUACGCGAAGACUUCAUUCGCCCCCUGCGCGAAGGCAUCCGCCAGGUAAAAUCUGGUCUGAAGGGGGUAAAGGAUGUCCGAGUGUACCGGAAAGUCAAAUUUCAGGAUACCCAGAUCGUGCGCGGUGAACUUGUGCAUUUUGUGAAGCUUAAUUUCCCAAAAAAUUUCAAAGUCGAAUUCUCAAAGCGACUGCUGUUUGGCAACGUAAUGUGCUUCAGUGCCGACAAUUUUGCCUCUUCUUUUCUGGCAACCGUUGCAGGCCAUGACCCUGACAAACUGAAGAACGGACUUGUUGGCAUAAAGCUGCUUUCAGUGUCUAAACUUGACGCCAGUCUUGAAUACACAGCUGUUGAGUCAAGGACUUUCUUCAUCGCGUACAAACACGUGCUCAGAGCUCUCCAAUUCAUGGAUGAAAAUACCCUCCCGCUUGUUGAGCACAUUGUCUUCGCUGAGAAAGCUGUCCGACCUCCUCAGUACGUGCUAAACGCAGCCAAUGUGCACUACGAUCUGCGCGUUGUUCUGCAAAACAACUACAUGAAAGAUCAGGAUAAAACUGAUAUUUUCCCGAAAUCAAACACCAUUCCACCACCAAACAAUCGGCCGGAUCUUCAGCACAUUCCCAUAACGAACGCUGAGGUAGAAAUGUGGCCGAGAUCAUCCGACUUUGGUCUCGACCGAUCCCAACGCAAAGCACUGCACUCCGCGCUCACAAAACGACUGGUUGUGAUUCAAGGCCCACCAGGAACCGGCAAAACUUAUUUAGGUCUAAAAAUCACCCAAGUUUUGCUCCACAAUUCGCAGGCAUGGUCUAGGAAAGAAACUGAAAUCCGACAUGUCCCUGGGCAUCAAAAUCGAAGGCUGGUGCGAACAGUUGAUGUGGACGUGACAUCGCCCAUUCUCGUCAUUUGCUACACAAACCACGCGCUGGAUCAGUUUUUGGAAGGCAUGCUCAACUUCACUAAAAGAAUAAUCCGCAUUGGAAACAGAAGCAAAAGUGAAAGCAUCCAGAGCUACCAAAUCAACGAGUUUGUUAGCUACUUGAAAGAACAACGGCGACUUCCUUCGAACCUCCGAAAUGCUGGCUCUAAAAUACGAAGUAGAGUAAAUGACGCCGAAACUAAGCUGAAAAGUCAAUAUGCUCAACUGCAAGAAGUUGCGCAUGAUUUGGGACUUCUGAGCUUCGGCUUGCUCAAUUCGUACGGCGUCAUCCCUCCCAACAUCGUAAGCAAGUUGGAACGCGGUCAACUCUACCGCUCCUGGAUGCUGCCAAUCGAUCAACCGUGGUGCAUGAACCUAACGUAUGAUCCUCGUCAGGUUUGGUCAAUGCCUGCGCAAAUGAAUGGCGAUCCUAAAACGGGACCUUCAGCCGCAGAUGACAAAGAAGACGACGAAGAAUGGCAUGAUGCUCUGGAAAUGCUGAGGGAAGCUGAGAAUGAGCGAAUCAUUGACGUUGAGGAAGAUGACCUCCAAACUGGAACUGCUUUGAUUUUGCCUCGAGCAAAAUCAUACGAAGUUAAGAGAAUCAAUCCUAAAGAGUUUGAAACCUCACUAUUUCGUCAGUUAAAUGAUGGCCAUGUAACAAGAGAGGACUGUGAGAUAACCUUGGAUAAAUUCUACAAAGAGCAGCGAAUAUUAGGCGAACUUCUCCAGUUCACAUCAAGAGAUGUCUCCUCCGUGGCUAAUGCGACCAUCAACGAACAUGUGGACAUCUUUCGGUUGGCUUACAAGGAUAGAUGCUUGCUUUAUUGCCUAUGGAGGCACAAGCUGUUGGCUAAAAUGCGCGAGACCAUCCGCCCUCACGAGGCCAACAUACAGAGGCUCAUGGCGAGGGCGCAGGAGGUGAAGAACUCCGAGUAUCUGCACGUGGCGCGUCAGGCGGACGUUGUGGGCCUCACCACCACGGGGGCUGCGCAGUUCCAGGACGUCGUCCAGGAACUCAAGCCCAGGAUAGUGAUCAUUGAAGAGGCUGCCGAGAUAUUAGAGGCUCACGUCAUAGCUUCUCUCAACACCAACUGCGAGCACCUCAUCUUGAUCGGCGACCACCAGCAGCUGAAGCCAAGCCCUGCAGUUUACCAGCUCGCCAAGCACUACGGGCUCGACACGUCGCUCUUCGAGCGGAUGAUCAACAACGGAGUCGCGUACGAGACCCUGAAGUAUCAGCACCGCAUGCGACCUGAGAUUUCAUCUCUCCUGGUCCCUGCCAUCUACCCGGAACUCGAGGAUCAUGCGUCAGUCCAAGGCCGAGAUCAUAUCCGGGGUGUCGAGAGGAGCGUCUUCUUCGUGUCUCACCUCGAGAAGGAGCUAGCAGAAACCGAUGAUAACAACAGCCACAGCAACGUCCACGAAGCAGAGUUCAUCAUGCGUCUGGCUCGUCACCUCGUCCUGCAAGGCUACGACCCAACGCUCUACUCCGGCCAGUUCUUCCUGCUGCGUAAAGAACAACGGAAGUACAGCCCGACUUGCGACGGCAUGCGCGUCACCAUCGUUGACAAUUACCAAGGCGAGGAGAACGACAUCAUCCUGUUGUCCCUGGUUCGCAGCAACGACUCAGGCAACGUGGGCUUCUUGAAGAUCGAGAACCGCGUGUGCGUCGCUCUGUCGCGCGCCAAACUUGGACUCUUCAUCAUUGGUAACAUGAAGCAACUUUGCCAGAGCUCUCCUCUUUGGAUUAAAAUUGAAAAAUCCUUGACGGAAAUCGAUGGCCUUGGCGAUGCUCUCGUCCUCAAAUGUCAGAGCCAUCCUGAUCGCAAGGUUGCUGUCAAGACUGGUGAAGACUUCAGAACCAUGAGUCCAGAAGGCGGCUGCACUCAGCCCUGUUCUGGCCACUUUCCAAUGUGCGGCCACAAGUGUCCUCGGAUUUGUCAUCCGGAUGAUCCCAGUCAUACAGAAAGCAAGUGUCGUGAGCCAUGCGAAAGGAAAUGUGAUCGAAGAGGUCACCCUUGCCCUGCAUUUUGUUAUGAAACGUGUCCUCCUUGCACGGUUGAUGUAGUGAAGGAACUUCCAUGCGGUCACUCACACCUUGUACCAUGUCACUUGCCACGAAAAUCGUUCUUGUGCCCAUCUAAAGUGGAUAAAACUAUUGAAAAAUGUCGCCAUGUUAUUGAAAUGCCCUGCCAUCAGAAUCCUGCAAAGAAGAAGUGUCCAAAGAAGUGUGACGUGCGCCUGGAAUGUGGUCAUUCAUGCGACCAAACUUGCCACGUGGACUCAGACCCAGAGCACGUGAAGUAUCUGUGCCAGUCACCAUGCUCCCGCAACAUGAAGGGCUGCUCGCAGGAUCACAAAUGCACUCUGUACUGUUGGCAGACCUGCCUCGAGUGUAAUAUUAAAGUUGAGAAGAAACUCCCAUGCGGACACAAGGCUCAGCUCGCAUGUCAGGAUCCCGUGGAUAGUUACAAAUGCAAAGAGAGAUGCCGCAAAGCGCUGCCCGAAUGCGGCCAUAACUGUUACCAACGCUGCAGUGAGCCCUGUGGUGGCUGUCGCGUCCUCGUUAGCAAAAACAUCGAUCAAUGCGGACAUCAAAUCAAGAUGGAAUGCGGCAAGACGCCCAAUCCCUCGAUGUGCAACAGCAAAGAUUGUGGGCGCCGCCUGCCCUGCGGUCACAAGUGCCCGCGUCCCUGCAAGGAACCCUGUGGCGGCUGCCAGAAAAUCGUUCCUGCGAGCGUCAGAUGCAUUGUGAAGGAUCACGAGCUCUUGGUCCCCUGCAGCAGCCUGCCCCUGACUGAGCCCGACUACUCCCAGUGUCGUGUGCCGUGCGGGGCCAGCCUGAAAUGUGGACACCGUUGCAAGGGCUCCUGUGGCUCCUGCCUUCAUGGUCGCUUCCAUCUGCCGUGUGCUGAGAAAUGCGGACGAACGCUCGUGUGUGGUCACGUAUGCAAGUCGCCCUGCAGCGCCGCAUGUCCGCCUUGCCAGGAGAAGUGUCGCUGGAAAUGCUCCCACAGCCGCUGCAAUAAAAUCUGUGGCGCUCCGUGCACUCCAUGCCAGGAGCCCUGCAGCAGUGAGUGCGAGCACCAGGCAGUGCGGUGCUCGAAGAAGUGCGGUGAGGCCUGCGACCAGGAGCCUUGCGAGGAACCGUGUCCCAAAACACUGGCGUGUGGCCACCCUUGCGUGGGUCUCUGUGGAGACCCCUGCCCUCCGCUGUGCCGCGAAUGUAACUUCGACAAACUUACGGAAUUUGAACUCAUCUGCAACGAAAAGGACCCAGACGCCCGGUUCGUGCUGCUGCAAGACUGUGGUCACACCAUUGAACAUGAUGGCCUCUCUGGCUGGCUCCAUCAGACGGCCGACAAUAGCGUGCAGAUGAAGCAAUGCCCACGUUGCAAGACCCCCAUCUACAACAACCGUCGUUUCAACGCUCUCAUCCUCGAGACUUAUAAGGAUGUCCAAACUGUGCUCUUCAAACAUAGCGGCCAGCAAGUUCCUACCUUGAAACAGAUAGUGGAAAAAUUCCCAACAGAAAACAUGGUCAAUGACGCUGGACAGCCUGGUCUUGAACUGGACAAUUCCCUGUUUUUCCUGGAUUGCAUCUCCAAGAGUCAAAUGCGCAAGACCGUCUCCAACUACAUGAACGCGCUGCAAUCUUCUAAACUCAAGGGACCGAAAGCUCGCUCUAAGGAAUUCAAGUUGGAUGCUGCGCAGCUACAUCUGUUGAAUUUCCAAGCGGACGUGGUCAUCAUGGCCAAGAAGAUCCACGAUGAGCUUGACCGGUCGCUUAAAAAAGACCUGGAGCGCGUGAUGGAACGAGUCAUGAGUCAGAAUGUAAGCGUGGUGAGUCAGUUCAUGGAGGAGGUGCACUGCGAACUUCAGCGCAUUCGCUAUGUCUCGAUCAUGAAGAGCGUCCGAACUCGUGGUCACAACGAUCGGUUCUUGGAGACUGUACGAGAAAUCGACGCACUCAUGGAUCCAACCCGCGUCUUCACAGCGCAAGUGGAAAGAGACGUGAAAGCGCUUCUAAAGAUUUGUGAAACUUUCAUUGGUAGCCUGGGCAUCUCUAACGAAGAGAGACUUCUAGUUUUGAAGGCAAUGCAUGACGUCAAGAAGGGUGCGUGGUACAAGUGCCCCAAUGGGCACAUUUACUGCAUCACCGAGUGUGGUGGCGCCAUGCAGACGGCCGUGUGUCCUGAUUGUGGCGCCGGUAUUGGCGGAGGUAGUCAUCGUCUUCGCUCUGACAACCGCGUGGCGUCUGAAAUGGAUGGAGCGACCGCCCAUGCCUGGCCGCAGUGAUAUCCUUGAAACUUUCUUGUACGAAAAUAUACGAAUUUUAACUCUGCAAUGGGCUCGGUAGUGACUUAUUGUUUCAUAUGUUGAUGCUGGGGGUUCUUGGAAGCCAUGGUAUCUUGCGCCUUUUCUUUUCAGCUGAGUUCCCUUACAAGUCUACAGGUCAAGUGUCCCGGACAGUGCAAGACGCACAAGUUUUGUUACUACGUAUUAACUGUUUUUCUUACGAUCUGCACGCGAAAAGUAUGUAUCCCGAGUUCGAAACCUGAAUGGAAAGCGACGGCAAUUACAUUGUUAGAAUUUUCAUAGUAUAUUGUGCACAGAAAAGGACGUUUGAUUUUCAUAGCUUAAUUAAAGAUCACUGCGUGCCACGCUUAUUUAUGUUGUGCUAUAUUGCUUCACAAAGGCCCGUCUUAUUUUUAACCUGUACCUAAAGUAAUUAUUGCGAUGUAAUUAUUUUAUUACGAUGAACAUGUUUUUUGGUUUAUUUUUGAUUUUCCACAGACUGGUGAUUUUGAUUCUUUCUCGAUUCUAAUGUAGCAGUUACAGUAUUUUGGUCUGUGAUGCAUGGCUGUUAUAAGGUGUCUACAGAAUAAUGAUCGGGGUGUGUAAUUACCUGCCCAAAUCAUAGCAAUUGCCUGCCUGAUGUUAAUUUGAACUUCUGCUUGUGAAUAAAUGGAAUGCCAUGCUGGAUAGGCGCUUGUGAGUGUUUCCACACGAAUUAGUGGAGUAUAAUAGUAUAAAAUUUCUAUCUUCGUCACGUCGUGAUUAUAUAUCUUUAUUUAUGUGGGUUACAUCGCAGCACUCCGUGUGGCCAAUACUAAUGAUUUAUUGUGAUACGCUGCAUGUGAUACUACAGCUUCAGAUUGCCUUUAUAACUGUAGUCGGAUUUAACAAAAGCUUUAUCUUCGUUUUAGUGGUAAUGAAGUGUUGUAUCAUGAGCAAUGUCUUGUCUCAAAAAGGAUGCAUUAUUAAAUGUUAUUGCACGUUUUUAAUGCAGUAUUUGCGUAAGCAUAUAUUUUUAAGCAUUAUUCUCAGUUAUGUUCCAUAAGAAACGCCACUAAGCGUCUCGUGCAAACUUGUUGAUGAAGACUAAGCAAUUAUUCGGGCUGAAUGGUAAGACAUCUCUCCUGCAGCAUCUCAACUUGAUGAAUUUACUGAUUAAUUCACUAAUCACUAUGAAUUUUUUACCCUAGAAAAGUAUGAACGUGAAUAAAAAUUGUUUUGUCACCAUGUAUUCCUUUAUACACGACUUGAUAAUGUAUUCUAUUUACUUUGUUACAAUAGUUCAUUACAUUAUUCAGUACGAUUUCCCUCUAUCUUUGGGGCACUAUCAUUUCGCAUUAUUUUGUGAGCUUUCCAAUAAAUAACUUUUAUGAUAUUAGUCACGAGUUAGAGAGUGAUGAACAUUACUCAUCGAAUUCUUUGACAACGUGUUUGCAGUGAUUUACAGUUUUUUCGUUUGGUUUUUUGGUAUUCAGUGAAUAAAAGUGUUGCACUCA